CGUUUCGGCGCCAUUUCCGGAUGACGAAGAGCGCCGUCCGGCUGCUUUGCAGCGAGCUUGCCCACUUGCUGGAGCCGCCGACCGCGGGGGGCCUGAGCGUUGAGGACCAAGUCCUCUGUACCCUCAGGUUUUUUGCAACUGGCAGCUUCCAGUCGUCAGUCGGCAGUGAGGCGGCCAUCGACAUGUCCCAGCCGUCAGUGAGCCGCUGCAUUGCAAAAGUCGCGCGGGCCAUUGUUCAGGUUGGGAAGGAGCAAGGAUGGGUGGCCUUCCCACGCACCGCCAGCGAGCGAGCUGUAAUUAAGCAAGGAUUCUUGCAGCGCGGCAGGCUCGGCGGCGUGAUUGGGUGCGUUGAUGGCACGUUCAUCGCCAUCGUCGGCCCGAACCUGCCUCCUGCGCAGAAGGCAACGUAUUGGUGCCGGAAGGGCUAUUACGCCCUGAAUGCAAUGGUGGUGUGUGACUCGGACUUGAGGGUCCUUCAUGUUGACCCGCGAUUCGCUGGGUCGUGCCACGACGCGCACGUGUGGCGGUACGCGUCGCUUCGUCGGCGCAUUGCCAGCGGCCGCAUUGCCGUCCAAGACGGCGAGUACCUUCUCGGCGACAGUGCGUACCCCCUGGAGCCGUGGCUCCUGACACCUGCGCCCGGCCACCCUGCCCCGCACACACCGGAAGGGCGCUACAACGCCGCGCACACUUCCGCAAGGUCAGCGGUGGAGCGCUGCAUCGGAGUCAUGAAGAGCCGAUUCCGAUGUCUGCAGCGGCACCGCGCCUUGCAUUACGGCCCCAAAAAGGCAGCUACGAUUGUGGCAGCCUGUGCGGCGCUGCACAAUCUGUGCAUUGAUGAAAAUGUGCCGCAUACGGGCCGCGCGUACUCCGACGGAGACGACGACGGCGACCGUCCGCACGCCUCAAGCAGCUCAGCAACGCAGGGUGAAGCACCUCGGGCCAGGCGGGCACUGUAUUUGCGCGGGAGGGCGGCACGUGCAAGGCAGAUUGCAAUACUCUCGAUUGCUCGUAAUCGCCACUUGCAGCAUGUACAGAAUGCGGUUUGCCACGCACGUCGCCUGCAACGCUAGGCCGUAGCAGUUUGCCCGUUGCUGCCUCCCCUGGCCGCUCCCAUGUGCAGGCACCUGUCGCCGCCCCCUUCUGCCCGAGUAGUAUGCGUCGCUUUGUGCCAGACGCUCUCACGUGCUGACACUUGCUGCUCCUGUGCUGGCUGUGCUUGUGGUUUCGUUGCUGCCUCCCCCUCUGCCCGAGUAGUGUGCGUCGAUCUGUGCCAGACGCUCUCACGUGCUGACACUUGCUGCUCCUGUGCUGGCUGUGCUUGUGCUUUCGUUGCUGCCUCCCCCUCUGCCCGAGUAGUGU